CAAAGUCUUAAUGAGUUUUUGCGGUAAAUAACUGAUUUUUAAGGUUUAAUCACGUUUCAUUUUUUUUUUCACACAGGCAAAUGUCAGCGGCAGCCCAUCGUCGAGGCGCCAGACUCAAACAACAAACUGACGUUGACACAAAGACAGAAAACUAAGUCACGUAAAGGUAAAUAACGACAGAGGAGAGCUGGAAACACACCUGUGCGACUUUAAGAGGUCUGUCCUUCAGUCUUCAUCAUGAAGACCUCCAAACGAGCAACGAAGACCCCUGCACAGGAGGAAUGUGGAGUUUGGCUGGACACUGCGCAGCUCAAAGUCAAAGCCAAACAGAAACGACUUGCCCGUCCCAUUUCUAAGCUGCUGAAUCCCUUUGCUGGAGGUGACGGAUACAAUGUGUCUGUGGCUCUCAACUUCACUCAGACCAAAGUGGAAAUGCCCAAGACCAAACAGAGCUCGAUAUCAACCUUUUUCACACCUCAGCGCAGAGUCCUCAACAAGAUGUCUACUUCUGAAGCACAAAGCAUUGAUCCGGUGCUGCCUUCUUCAACAUCUGCCUCAGCCACACCUGUAGCAUCUGGGACAAAACGAAGACGUGAACUAGAUCAUGAGCCCGAUGUGGAUCCUGAGCAAAAGAGUGAAAAUGAGCCUGAAUCAGCAGAAAUGUGGAAGGAGACAAGCUACACACCUUCUCAAAGAUCGCACGGUGACACUGAAGAAGAGCAGUUUGAAGAGAUAAAUCCACCACAGAGAAAGAGGAGGCUCACUGCGACCUCCUUACUGCCCGAUGACAGUCAACCUCUUCUACAGGCGUGGAGUCAGGACCCGCUGUUCUCUUAUAGCCAGUUUUCUGAAAGUCAGUUCAACUUGACUAACGAGAAAAACACCCCAACAAAGAACUUCAAUGAUUCUGAGGCAAGUUUCCUUAACAGUCUGCAAAGCGAGGAGGGCUUUGGUAUUCGUAUGAAUGUGGAAGCGAGAACCUCGACUCAGAAAUCAUUUCAAAUUCAUUCUUCUCAGGUGGACAAUGAGAAAGAAAACAGCAGGUUUUUGUCUUCCAAGUCCCCACGUAAGAACUCAUCUCUGUCUCAUAUUGAACCUCUUUCAAAUCAUAAAUGGACAGAACCAAAAACUGCAUCACCUCGAAAACACAAUCCAGCACACUUGAGGAAAAAGAGUGCCACAGAAGCCACAGAUAGCCAUGACUCACAGUUCAUUUGGACAAAACCGAGUAGCUCUCCUGUAAAAAAGCUAGUACCACAGCAGUCAUGCAGAGCUGCUGAUGAGGACAGUCUGGCUAUGUUGUUCACCCAGGACUCUGAAGGUUUCAGGGUGAUAGCGCACAGAGGUCUGCAAACCAGGAGUCCACUCAAGGAUCAGAGUAACAUGAGCACUGGGACGCGAAGAACUAUUGCUUACAAAUCUCUGGUGGAAGAGGAUGAUGAAGACGAGAUGCUCUUUACUCAAGACUCUCAGGGAAAUCUGGUGAUGAAGCACUGAAAGGAACCUUUGAAACUAGCAGGAGUGUUGUUAUAUAGCUGUUAUAAACUAAAAUCUCAUAGGUUUGUUUCCAUAUUAAGAUGAUUCAUUUUUAGCUACUUUAAAACUGAAAUCUUGAUAUUUUUACUCUGAUUGUCUUCUUACCUCAUCUGUACAUGUUUUAUAUUUCGCCAGAAAGUC